UAUAAUUAAUUGUUAACAUAUACAUUUACAUUAAUGAGCAUCUUAAAAUUGAAAACUAAGUAUUCAAGAUAUUUGAGAAUCACUGGUGGUUACAGUCGACAACUGUAAGGGUGCGUUUAGAUUAAACGAGCAAAAAUGUAGUGCAAGAACAUUGGUUCGUGCUCGUUCAGCAUAUAAAUGAUCAUCGAAUCUGUUCAGUAAUACUAAACCGACGAAUGCAGACAAAUUUCAGUCUGAAUAUUUUGAAUCAUGUCAAACCAAACUAUAUUUCUAUUGUUAGGAUAUUCGUUCACAUUGAUUAUCCAAACCAAUGAACAAUAACAAGCGGUGAAAGAAUGCUCGUUCGAGUUUUACUGAAGCGAGGGAAAAAUAAGUAUUCACUCGCUUAUUCCAAACACACCAUAACGUAUAGUUUAUUUGUAUUGUUCUUGUACGGUAUACGUGAUUUAUAUGCAAGUUAGUUGUAAACAGUAGUGUUAAUGCAAGUUAUAUGAAACUUAUAACAGUUUAUUUAUGGAAUUAUAUUAAUUAUAAAUGGUAAUAAAGUUAUUUAUUUUGACAAAACCAAUAUUGAAUAUUUUUAAGUAUUUAUUGCAUUAAAUAAAGAUGCUGUCAGGAAGGCCUCCCGUGACAGAGAAUCCUUUGGGACUCUCUUGGCACGACAGUGCAUGGAUACCUGUGUUAAAUCCAAACAAUAUAAUGGAUUAUUUUUCGGAAAGGAGUAAUCCAUUUUAUGAUAGGACAUGUAACAAUGAGAUUAUUAAAAUGCAACGGUUGAGUCCUGAUCAAUUGCAAAAUAUGACUGGUCUUGAAUAUAUGCUUUUACAUGUACAAGAACCUAUUUUAUAUGUAAUUAGAAAGCAACAUCGUCAUUCUCCAACUUUAGCAACACCACUUGCUGAUUAUUAUAUUAUUGCUGGUGUUGUAUAUCAAGCCCCUGAUUUAGCAUCUGUUGUAAGCUCUAGAUUGCUAUCCACAGUACAUCAUUUACAGUCUGCUUUUGAAGAAGCUAGUUCAUGUUCAAGAUACCAUCCCAGUAAGGGUUAUUAUUGGGAUUUCAAAAAUGGAAAAGCUAUGGCAGCAAAAAAGGAAACACCUGUUCGUGAGGAACCAAGUUCUUUAUUUCAGCGCCAGAGAGUAGACAUGUUACUUGCAGAGCUCACACGCAAAUUCCCAUUACCUGUUCCAAAGCCUGCACAUCAAGCUAUAGAAUCAACUAUGGAAAUCAAACAAGAAAUUAAAACUGAAAAGAAAGAUAUGAAACCACCACCAGAGAAGAAGCCAAAAAUUAACUAAUAAUGUAUUAAUGAUAAUGUAAGAUUAACGACAUUUUAGUAAUUCAUUUUUUAUGUGUAUAUAUUUUUUAUAAUAGUUAAAACUUUCACAUUAAAAAAUAAGCAUUUGUUGUACAAAGGUCUGAUGAAAUAAUCAAGUGAAUAAGCAUGUUAUGGCAAAAUACUUAACUGGUAUAAAAUUAAAAAAUGGAUAAAAUAUUUGUUUCAUUUCCUACACCAUGGACAAUCAGGAUUAUCAAUUUCUUCUUUCAUAUUUCUUUUAAUUUGUGGGACCUUUUUCUUUCCAACUUUUUUAAUUUUUUGUUUACCACAAAAUGUAGAAUCAGGGCACUUUAUUAUUUCUUCUUUAGAUGGUGGAGGACAAGGAGGAUCUUGAUUCUUUCGUGCUCGAGUUAAACGAGAACAUGUCGAAAUAUUGGAUACAAUCUAUAUAAGUUAUAAAUUGUCUUUAAGACUAUUGAAUAAAAUUCAAAUAUAUUUUGUUACAAACUUU